UCUCAAAGAGAAGAAUAAAUUUGCAAUAAAGUAAUAUCUGCAAAUGCUAAUUGUACGAUACGCAUCAUUUAUUGUACAUUUGAACCUCUUCUAUUUAUUCAAAAAUUUAAUAAAGUACCACCUAGUUUUCUCCGUCUUUCUUGGAGUACUGACACUUAUGUAGUUAGAUCCAACACAACAACAACUUCACAUGGUACAAACCAACUUUUAUAAAAGCAGUUUAUGUCAGAACAAUCAAGAAUCUAUAUAUAGUGGAAACAACAAAGCCCCUUUAGGCUUUUCUUUUUUUGCGUCUCUUUUUUUUUGGUUGUGAUUCUUUAUUAUCUUUGUAAUGGCUAUGCCUUUGGUUCAGUCAUGCUCUGUGGAUCUUCAUAAGAGUUUAGCUACAAAAAGGAUCUUGAGGACCCAUUUGAGAUUCUUGGAAGUUGAACAACCCCAUUUGAGAUUGUUGAAUUUGCCUAGUUGUAAUUCAACUCCAAAAUUGAAAGCCUGGAAGGGGCCAAUGACCCUGACCAAGGAAGUGGUGGAUGAAAAAGAGAUGAGUGCUGUAACUGAAAGCGAAUCGAAUGAAUUCACUACGUUGAAGCAUAGAUUUUUGAAUUUUAAGAAGGACAAAUACUUGAAAAAUUUGGAGCAUUUUCGGAGUCUUGCAGAUGAACAAUCACCAAAGUUUUUGGUAAUUUCUUGUGCAGACUCUCGGGUGUGUCCCUCAAACAUACUGGGAUUUCAACCAGGAGAAGCCUUUGUAGUUCGCAACAUUGCAAAUUUGGUGCCUCCUUAUGAGACUGGUCCUUCAGAAACAAAGGCAGCUCUUGAGUUUUCCGUUAAUACUCUCAAAGUCAAAAACAUAUUAGUCAUUGGUCAUAGUCGCUGUGGAGGAAUUCGUGCUUUAAUGAGUAUGGACAAUGAAACAGGUUCAAGCUUCAUUCGAAAUUGGGUAAUUGUUGGAAAGUCUGCCAGGGCAACCACAAAAGCUGUUGCUUCGAACCUCAGCUUUGAUCAGCAAUGCAAGCACUGUGAGAAGGAAUCGGUCAACGGCUCAUUGAUGAAUUUGCUUACAUACCCAUGGAUUAAGGACAAGGUGAAUAAAGGGGAGCUCUUAAUUCACGGUGGCUACUAUGACUUUGUCGACUGUAGUUUUGAGAAGUGGACUCUCGAGAACAACACUCGAGUGUAUGAUCAAGUCUCCAUCAGAAACCGGGAAUUUUGGAGCUGAGUAAUCUUCAAGUCAAGUCCUCUGUUUGUUUUGUUGUAUCAUCUUACAUGUAAUACCAAUCUCAUUGUUAUUCUUGUUGACAAACUAAUUGUAUAUUUUUAAAGUGUGGACCUUAUUUACCACUUGUACUGCGGAAAAGGAUAUUUUCUAUAUUCAAUUUGUUCUGCUCCUAUAGUUCAA